AUGUCGACCAAAAUCGCCCCGCCGUCCAAAACCCUCACCGCCUCCCUCAGAAAUGUUGCCAAAUUCAUAGACAGCAAACCGCACACCUGGUCGGAGGAGAACAAGGACGACAAGGUUCUCUUCGUUAUGGGAUCGUACGCCCUCAUAGACCUACUGUCUACCAAGCAAUUCGAGGAGUAUCGCAAGAAGGAAUACAUUGGCGACGCGAUUUUUUUAUGGCUCAAGUACCUCGCCAAUCGGCGCGAGUUUCAGGAGUCCCCAGAGACUGUGAAACUGUCGCGUUUCCAACAUCCCGUUUUCCAAUCCGUCCCCAUCAAUGUUCCACUCCUCUCCGGAAAGACGUACGUCCCCGGCUCAUCCGUCGACAAGGCCAGCGACCAGCCCACCAGCGCGUCCACCGUCAAACAGCCGAACGCCAAGCCUUCCAAUCCUCAGCCGUCCAAUAAGUCGGGACAUGAUCAAGCUCGGGCUCGUAGCUCCACCAGCGAUAUCGACCGUCACCCAGUAGCACCAGUGCAGGCCAAAGCUGAGGGAGCGAAGAGAACCAAGGGAGGAUCGGGGAAAGGAAAGCAGCCCGCUCACUCGGAGGCCGGUGAUGAUAGCGCGAUGGAGGUUGACGAAGAAGAAUCGAAUCCUAGUGGCAAGGGGGGUCAGAAAGCACGUAGAGGGGUGGAGGACGAAGGACCUUCGUGGAACUCCAAGGACGACUCAGACGCCUCCUACCACGAGAGCGACUCCGACGAAGACACCGACUCGGGUAAUGCGAAAGCGAUCAGGAAGACCAACGCCAAGACCAAGUCUGCGGCAACGAAAAGUUCCUCGGCGGCUGGCAAACGUGGUCGAGCUGAGGACGACACCACCUCCACUGCAGCCAAGAAGGUUAAAUCGAACUAUUACAAGGCCCCCGUUCCCUGCACCACGUGCCAAUCGAAGGGCCAGGAUUGCUUCAUCUCUCGACCCCGCGUCGCCUGCAUUGGGUGCAAUCCUCCUGGGAAGAAACGACUGGCGACGUGCAGCUUCAGCUCUCGCAAGAAGAAGAGUCCGCAUGACGAUGGUGCCAGGGAUGAGCCGUCUGUCGCGGAGGAUACAUCCACGGUCAACGGUGAUGACCUUGACGAGUUGGCCCCGGAAGUGCCGAACUCGGCAUCUGCUAUCCAGGCCAAGCAUCCUCCCCGCCAAAGCGGGUCUCACCAACUUGCGUCACGCUUCAACUUUGCCUCGGCAGAGAGGGUCGAUACAUCUCAACCACCUGCACUCGAGGCCCUAGUUGAGUCGGGAUUCGCGAAGCAUGGUCGUGCUCGUGCCAAGCCGACCGAGUUGGGCGAAGGAAAAAGAAAUAUCGCCAAGGUUGGUUCAUCGAGCACCUCGAGCACGCAAGCAGACUUUGCGAGUGCCAAGAGCACGUCGUCGGUCGACCAGGCCCAGACGAUGCUCACUCGAGUUGCCCCUGCCGCAGCCGUCGAGUUAUCCUCAAGCUCUAUCGACCGAACCGUCACCCGCCUACUCAUGGAAAACGCUCGUCAACAAGCUUCUAUCAAUUACCUGAUGGCCACAAUGGAGGUGCUCUUGGAAGAGACCAAGGAGUAUGAACAGGUCCUCGCUUACGCGGCCACCCAAGAGGCCAGAAUCAAGACGUUGGAAGAGCAGCUGGAGGCUGCUCAGGAAUCGGUCAAACAAAUCCACGACGAUCGCGAAAGCGACGCCAAAGCACUUGGCGCUGAGAAUACCGUCAACACGCGACGCAUCGAGUCCCUUGCAUCCACAUUGACCGUCAUCAAUAACUGGGUCGCGUCGAAGAUCAAAGCUGAACUUGGUACAGUGGUCGCCACCCCUCGUGAUACCGAAAUCCAAGGUGUCCAGAUCCCAAUGCCCCUUGACAUCAACCCACCUUCCAAUCCCGCCAAUGUGACCACCGCCCAGGACACCUCCGACAGACCCCUCCCAACCGCUUCGACCAUCGUGUCUGGUCCUUCAGUUGAAGCCAAGCCCCGCCAAGAGCCCGAGGGGCAGGGUGGUAUACUCGACUACAUCCAGUAUCCUCCUGAAGAGCAGGUAACAGGCAUUCAUUCACUGCAAGAGAACGAAGAAGUCGAACGCCUCAUGCGAGAGGAGUGA